UUACCAUCAACAGAGCAAAUUCUCUCUCUCCUCUCUCUCUCUCCAUUUCAAUUCCCAAAUUGACCUGAAAAACCCUCCUUUGCCCUAAGAAUUUCGGAGCUAUGAAUUGUUAGUCCAUCACCAUCACUCUCCAAACCCCUCUUUCUGGCAGGAAACUUCUCGCUGUUCCAACCUAAUUCCAAAUCCCCAAAUGUGGCAGAGACAUUUGGUCGAAUACCUUGUCUGCCAGAGAUGCUAGGGGCCGUUCAGCUCGGAUUGUUAGCCGCCUGCGUUGUUCUGUUUGUUCCCAUGGGUAUGGCCGGCUGGCACUUGAGCCGCAAUAAGAUGCUAUUCUUCAGCUGCGCCCUCUUCAUCACCCUCGCCGUCGGCGUGCAUCUCACGCCCUAUUUUCCUUCAAUUUCCGCUUUCCUUUCCGCAUCCGAGGUAAUCAUUUCCACGCCGGCUAUUUUGUAUCAUGAUUCCUGCGUGCUUUUGCUUCAUAGAGUUGUGUAUAAAGAUGUUAGGGAAUGUGAUGUUGAUUCCAAUUUUGAUGAUAACGAAAGUGUCUGUAAGAGGUCGUGGGAUUGGAUUAGGAAUGGUGAGGUUGAUGAGUGUGAGUUUCAGAAGCUGAAGAAAUCCGAUGCAUCGGAUUUGUUGAACGGAUCGUGGGUGGUUGUUGCCGGGGACUCGCAGUCGAGAUUGAUGGUUGUUUCUUUGUUGGAGUUGAUUAUGGGAUCUGAGGGUGUGGAGAAGGUUAAAGGGGAUUUGUUCAAGAGGCACAGUGAUUACUCGGUGAUGGUGGAGGAGAUCGGGAUGCGAUUGGAUUUCGUUUGGGCUCCCUACGUUGCGAAUUUAACUCAAUUGACGUUGAGGUAUAAGGGAAGUAAGGAUUUCCCAGACAUCUUGAUGAUGGGGGCGGGCUUGUGGGAUAUGCUGCACGUGAACAAUGUCACAGAGUUUGGUGUAUCGCUGCGGGUUUUGAGGGAUAAUGUGUUGGCUCUUUUGCCAGUUUCUUCAAGUUUGGUUGCUGAUGCUGGCGGUGGAGGGGUGAGUGAGCCUAAAGCCUCUCACCUGUUGCAUUUGUUUUGGGUUGGGAUGCCGACGUUGAUAACAUCGAUGUUGAACACUGCUGAGAAGAAGGAAAGGAUGACAACUGCAGUGUACAGUUCUUAUGAUAACGAGCUUGCUGGAAGUAAUCUCUUGCGCCAAUCAGGCGGUCCCCUUUUGAAACUCGAUAUUGGUUUGUUAAGUGAAUUUUGUGGCCCUCGCUGUACAUCUGAUGGAAUGCAUUAUGAUGAAGUUGUCUAUAAUACUGCCCUUCAGAUAAUGUUGAACGCAUUGCUCAUUGAAUCUAAUCAGAAACCCCAGUGAUCACAUUUUGUUCAAAAGGGAUAUAAGGUUCUUUAAUAUUUUUUGUAUUCUUGAGGUCCAAUAUCGCGCGAGCUGCAGUUGUGUUAGUUUCUCGGGAGAUUAUGUUAUUAGCUUUUCCUUCAUUGAUCAAGUCCUAACAUGGUGGAGGCGAAUUUUCUUUCGCUUCUUUGUGUGGUAGACAGAUUAGUCGGAGAAACUAGUAUGCCUCACGUCUGAUUUUGAUGUGAAGAAAUACAGAAUAUUGUAAUAGUUCAUAGACACAUGCUUUCAACCACCCUAUAAAGGUUAGUGAAGUUUUUCUUUCCAAUUUUUAGAUGUUCUAUUUUGGGAUAUACAUCCUGAAUUUCCUAUGUCAUUCAAUGUGCUUUAUUCCUGCCAUGGGAUA